CUAACAUCGAUGUAUAACUUCUAGAAAAGUCGGCAUUUUUUGCGAGUUUUCCUGAAAUUUCGGCGAAACAGCGUGUUCCAACAAGUUUGAAAAAAAAGAAGCGCAUUAAUAACAUUACAUCAGCGGUGAAAAGAAUGGACCAGCAGGUGAAUGAACUCAAGGAAAAGGGCAACACUGCCCUGAAUGCCGAAAAAUUUGACGAGGCUGUUGCAGCCUACACAGAAGCCAUUGCCCUGGACAGCCAAAACCAUGUUCUGUUCAGCAACCGGUCGGCCGCCUAUGCCAAGGCAGGGAAAUUUGCUGAGGCUUUGAAGGACGCCGAACAAACCAUCGCCCUGAAUCCCACCUGGCCGAAGGGAUACUCGCGCAAGGGUGCCGCCGCAGCUGGCCUGCAUGACUUCAUGAAGGCCUUCGAGGCGUUCAACGAGGGCCUCAAGUACGAUCCCACAAAUGCAAUUCUGCUGCAGGGCCGUCAAGAGAUCACCGCCUCAGUGCUUAGCUAUAUGCAGUCGCAGGGCGACAUUCCGAUGGACAUUGAUCCACAGAUGCCGCGAGCACGCCGGGCCCCCUCGCCACCACGUAGAACUGCCGAGCCGGCAAAGCCAGCCGAUCCUAGGGUGGAGGAUAUGAGCGAGGAUGAGAAAAAGAAGUACUUUGCCAAGCAGGAGAAGGAUCUGGGCAAUGCGGCGUACAAGAAGAAGGAAUUUGAUGAUGCUCUCAAGCACUACAAUGCUGCCAUCGAACAUGAUCCCACAGACAUCACGUUCUACAACAACAUUGCUGCGGUGUACUUUGAGCGCAAGGAGUACGAGGAGUGCAUUAAGCAGUGCGAGAAAGGCAUCGAGGUGGGCCGUGAAAACCGCUCCGAUUUCAAAUUGAUUGCCAAAUCGUUUGCCCGCAUCGGCAACACCUAUCGCAAGCUUGAGAACUACAAGCAGGCCAAGAUCUAUUUUGAGAAGGCCAUGUCCGAGCAUCGGACGCCGGAGAUCAAGACGUCGCUCAGCGAGAUGGAAGCCAAAAUCAAGGAGCAGGAGCGUCAGGCCUACAUCAAUCCUGAGAAGGCCGAGGAGGAGAAGGAGCAGGGCAAUCACUUCUUCAAGAAGGGUGACUACAGCAAUGCUGUCAAGCACUACUCGGAGGCCAUCAAGCGCAAUCCCGACGAUCCCAAACUGUAUAGUAAUCGUGCUGCCUGCUACACGAAGCUGGCUGCCUUUGAUCUGGGUCUCAAGGAUUGCGAGACUUGCAUCAAGCUGGACGAGAAGUUUAUUAAGGGGUACAUACGCAAGGGAAAAAUUCUACAAGGCAUGCAGCAGACCUCUAAGGCUUCGGCUGCCUACCAGAAGGCGCUGGAACUCGACCCUAACAAUGCCGAGGCCAUCGAGGGCUACCGUCAGAGCUCGAUGAACUUUCAACGCAAUCCCCAAGAGGUGCUCAAGAAUGCCAUGUCGGAUCCCGAAAUUCAGCAGAUCCUCAAAGACCCGGCCAUGCGCAUGAUCCUCGAACAGAUGCAGAACGAUCCAAAUGCUGUGAAAGAACACUUGCAGAAUCCUGCAAUUGCCGAUAAGAUAAUGAAGCUGCUGGAAUCUGGCAUCAUUCAGAUACAUUAGGCACUCCAUAUAUAUAUACAAACAAACAAAACAUAUUGAUAAACAUUCAGGAGAAGAAAGAAAACAAAACCAAUAAUACGCAUUAUACGAACCUUAUUGCACCAUUAUGGCGCAAGCCUCAACUAAACUAUCGUUUACCAAUUUAUAAAGAGGAGGGCAAACACAAAAUACAAACAAAAAUUAACGCUAAACAUUACCCUAGAAAUCGCAACGCCUAAAACGCAGAUCGACUAUAACUACAAAAGUUAAAAGUUAAAGAAAUUAAUUACAAAACACCUACACACACCACUAAGGAAGUGGAGUGUCUGCCUAAUUAAUUUAGGCAGAUGGCUGGAGUAGGGCUCCAUCCGCAAAAUCCUUAUUUUCUUACUACAAUAUAUGCUGUAGCUUAGCUCUAAAAUAAGUUUUUGAAUGUAAAAUAAAUGAGUCAAAGAACGGUA